UGAAGUGACAAAGUAUUGAACUACGAGGCACUUUGACGACUCUCAAGACACGCAACGCUCUCGACACAGCAACCAACCACAUCUACGAAGAAUCUCCAGAAUGGCUAAUUGUGAGCAAAAGAAGCUGAGGAUUGUCCUCAUUGAAAAGACUGAAACCGACCUUUCGAAAAAGAUUAAAGGCAUCCUGGAAGAAUCCUUCAACUUGGUGACGACUCUGACCAGAGAUAAUGAAAGUGUAAUCGACGAGGGAGAAGAACACAAUAUAUUCAAAGAUUUUGAUCCAUCCAUCUUUUCUCCUGGUCCCCAUGUGUUUUUGCUCAUAUACAUGGGGGAUUUAUCUCCUUCAUCAGGUGAUGCGAAAAGAAUCCAACGCAUUAAAGAAUUCUUUGGUGAAGCAUCAAAGCCUUACUUUUUACCUUUGAUCAUCCACAAAAAUACAACAUUGGACACGGGGAAAAAAAAAGACAUAUUAUAUUCUGUUGAGAAAGAUUUAAAACUUAGCAGGAAGACAUACUGUGCACUUUGCUGCGAAGGUGGGAAGGUCAAUGAAAACGAAAUAAAAAACCUAGUUGUCAAGAUCAAUGAGGUGGUCAACAAGAACAAGAACAAAGAAACAUACACAAAGGAAAUGUUUGAUGAGGCACAAAAAAUCAUCAGGCUUAAAAAUGUGCAAGAAUCAAACAGCAAGGGAAAGACAGGUGAUGGAAACCAAGGUCAUAACAAGAAUGCAACAGACAAAGAUGCAAUUCGUGCAAUGCUCUCAGGUGGAUUUGCCAAAAGAACAGUGAAGGCACAGAACUCUUAAAGUAUGAAAGUUCAUGUUAACAUGACUGAUUUACUCAAAUGAAAUAAGUCAGACAGACAAAGAAGAGAGAAAUAUUUGAUGCCUUUAAUCCGAGUUAUUAAUCUGACAGACUUGGUUCCUCUGCAGAUUGAGAUCAAAACAACAAAUUAUAAACAAAGUACUUUAUAAUUAACAUAACCUGCAUUAAAGGAGAAGAGACAUUUACAUUAAAUUUAAUGAACUCCAAUUUUCCAGCUGCAAUAUUAUAUUCUGAAUGAUUUUAAUGCAAAUACUGUUAAGGUUGGCUGUGUGGCAGGCAGGCAAGGAGGAGUGGUGGACCCAAAAUGCAGGACUCAGACUCAAGGGAUGAACUCAAAAUACUCAGCUUUAUUUGCUGACACAGGAAAACGAGCAUACAAAGCACAGCAAACUAAACUGAACUGGGGAAAAACAUAAACUCACGGGAAACACAGGGAGAUCCACACAGCAUGAGGGACGACGCGACACUGACGCGAAGAAACACAGGGUUUAAGUAUACUGGGAAGUAACGAGGGGAAUGAGACACAGAAGGAGGGCA